AUGUCAAACAUUCAGCGUGGAUCAGAAGAAGCAGCUACCGAUAGCGAAUCACAACCGUCAAAUUCAAUAAAGAAUAGAAAUCAUAAUGAAUCGGCUCCGGAACCCUUGGAAGUAGAUACUACCCUUAAUUCAGAGGAGAAUGCCCAUCGAGCGAAUGCUUGGGAGCCACCAUCACUGUUCCGCACAUUGACUCAACAGCAGCGAGAUGAUGCUCACAAAAAGUUCAUAGAGCAACAGUCUAAACCUACCCGUACCAUUUGGCAUGGCUUGUACGAUAGUUACGCUAAAGUUUCAACAUCGAAAAUUCUGGAGAAUAAGUCCAGUGUAGCUCGAGAUCAUUUAGCGAACGAAAGGACAUUCUUAGCUUGGGUACGUACUUCCCUUUCACUGAUCACAGUCGGCGUUGCUAUCACACAGUUGUUUCAACUUAAUUCAACGCAACCGAAUGCUCGCCAAAUUGGAAGAGCUUUUGGAGCAACGUUCGUCUUAUUUAGUAUAACCUUUUUAUACUUUGCCAACGCUCGAUAUUUUCAUUCACAACAUGCGAUGAUUAAGGGACAAUUUCCUGCCAGUAGAGGAGCUGUCAUUCUAGGAUCAUCGCUACUGCUUGCUGCUCUUGUUGCUAUGUUUGCUAUCAUUCUAGCUUCCUAA